AUGAGCUCUCAGUCAGGAGUGCAAUCUUCGGUAUGGACCAAACUAUGGAAGCUGCACAUUCCAAAUAAGAUAAAGGUUUUUGGAUGGCGCGCGUUUCAUAACAUCCUGCCUACUCGUGAGAAUUUGGUCCAAAAACAUGUUAUUGGUGAUGACACCUGUGGGCUGUGUACAAGGAAAAAGGAAACAGCACUCCAUGCACUAUGGGAGUGCGGUGUUGCUCAGGGGGUUUGGGCGGAGAGCAUUAGGAAGUUGCAGAAAGGUAGUGGAGGACAGUCGGAUGUCUUACAACUGGCAACGGAGUUACUGGACAAACUUAAGCAGGAAGAGUUCGAAUUAUUUCUUGUCCAAGCUUGGGUGCUCUGGAACCAAAGGAACUCUGUUACACAUGGUGGAAGUAUACAGGAUCCGACUCGGCUGGCGAGCAGAGCAGGGGAACUUCUAGAAGAGUUCAAGGAUGCACAACAACUUCUGGCGGUGCAAUCCACUGUUAUGAGAAGCGCAACAUGGACUGCCCCACCGGGAAACUGUUUCAAGCUCAACUUCGAUGCGGCAAUCUUCAAGGACAUUAACGCCUCUGGUUUCGGAGUGGUAAUUCGCAAUGAGCUGGGGGAAGUGAUGGCUGCCUUAGCUGCGAAGGGCCCACCGGUAUUUGACAGUGAGGAGGCGGAAGUACUAGCAUGCCGGAAAGCGCUAGAGUUUGCAGUUGAUUCGGGCUUUACGGAGUUGAUAUUGGAAGGGGAUAGCGUAACAGUUACUGAGACGCUCGAAGCCUCAAGAACAAGAUGUAAUAUGUCACGAUUGGAUCAUCUAUAUGGAGACGUCCUCUGCCUCUGGUCGGGUCUGCAUGCUGUGUCAGUUAGUUGUGUAAGUAAAUCAGCCAACUCAGUGGCUCACUCUUUGGCUAGAUAUGCUAAAGGAGUUGAGGAUGAAAUAGUGUGGUUGGAAGAAUCUCCCCCACCAGCGUUGGAAGCAUUGUAUUUUGACACAUUAUAA